AUGCUUAUCGUCAGCACAGAAUCAAAGAUGGCGUCAACAGAAGAAGUCUUGGUUUGGACCCCAGAACUUGAAGUCAGUUUAUUUCAUUCCAUGAAGGGGCACAAGCCUGUUGGUAAGAUAUUCUACUAAAUCUCUUGUUUUUACCCUUAUUUCGAUUUUUUCCGAGUUUUUUCUGUUUUGUUUUUCAGGUAUAAAUCGACAUUUUCAUAUGGCGUGUAUUCACGAUAAAUUCGCGACGUCAACAGGGAAAAGAAAUAUUUCUUCGAAGCAAAUAUGGGAGCAUUUACAGGAACUGUACAAUCUCCAAGCACUGGUAAGUGGUUGGGUCUGAAAACUGUUAAGAGGCCUUUUGUGUUUUGGUGGGUCACGGAAGAAUUUCGGAAAGCUAACACAACAUUCUAUAUUAUUUAUUUAAAAAAUUUCCCAUUUUCACUCAAUCUAUGCUUUUGGCAUAAGAGAAGUAAAAUUAAAUGUCCUCUUUAAUAUAAAAGUGUUUCUGAACCGCUGUGAUCAUUACUUUUAAAUUUAUUUGGUCUGAAACAUGUUUUGGGCGCUCCCUCGAACGGUCCCCUUCGAUUGACGUCCCCGACAAUGUUUUGUUUCAUAACCGAGUGGGGCCUAGGAACUACAAACUAUUGCUGAAAUACUGGAAUUGGAUCGCUGGAACUCUUGAAACGGAACACUAGGAAAACUUUCUUUUUUACCUCUUUUAUUCGUUCCUUCUUUGUUUGUUUGCUAUGGUUAAGUAUGUUAUCCAAAAAUUUUAUUUUAUUUCGAUAGAUUCCCUUCUAUUUAUAAAUUCUUUUUUUGCAACACUUAUUACUUAUCAAUAAUUAUUCCGUCUUUGUCAAUUUCCUUCUUUCAUCCAUCUGAAAUUUCUCUAUUAUUAUUAGUAGUAGAAGUAGUAGUACUAAAGGGAAAAGGCAUUUUUAAGACCAUAAAACAUUUAUCUGAUAUAUAUUAACUUGUUUGCUUUAUAGGUUAACCCCCUGUUCAGCUUCUAUCAUAUCCCAGUGUAUUUUAUUCACCUACUUUUUUGUCUUUUGAUUUUUGCCUUUCAAUCAAAUGUAAUUAUUAUUGAAUAAAAUGAUAUUUUAUUUUUAUGCUAGUUUGAUCAAAUUUAUGGAAUUAGUGCAUUGUAAAAUACUUCUUAUUAUAGAUUUAGGGCAAAAAUAGUGACGUAUAAUUCAGAAUUUAUAGUGACAGUUAUUUGGUUUUUAUUAUUCACUAGGAUGAUCUUGAGAGCCUGCCUUUUCCAAACGAUGAAACAGAAUUCAAUUUACCAGAUGACAUUUUUGAAUCAAGUUCCAAGCCUCAUUCCUCUGCUUCAGAGUCAUCUGCUGCAGCUGAUGAAGGUAUGGAUCAUCAGGGCUUGAAAAAGUCCCGUCCAGUAGUCCUGUAAAAGUAAAUUUUCUUGCUGGGCAAAUGACUUUUAAACCAUACUUGCCCAAUUUGCAACUUGGGUUCAGGCAAGUCAUUCUCUAACAAAAUUAUUAACCAAGACUAGUAUGUUCCAAUGGAAAGUGAAUUGCCGCAAGUAAAGCAUGACAUUUCAAAUAGUUUGAAUCAGUUGCAAUUUAUUUCGAUUUUUGAUAUUUGCCAUUAACAGUGUCAAAUAACUGUGCAUGUAACUCAACAUGACAUGUAGGUGUGUCAAGCUAAAUUAUUGUAUAAAAGUCGGUGAGAACAAGUCAGCAUAUUAUUUGUCUGAAAUCUGUCCAGCAUAAGGCUUAGAGCAUGCGAGUGAUGGAGUGAAUGAAUGAGUGAAUUUCCAAGCAAGUGCAAUAUUAAACAUAAAACUGGUUCAUUAUGCUUUUCGUGAGUGUAUCAAAUCAUUUUCAAUCUCUGCUUCUGUCAUAUAUAAAACAUUUUACUUCCAAGGGGAGAACAAACCUUGUCACACAUUCCAGAAAAGAUCUUAAUAACUAAAGCAAUUUAUUAAUUGAGCUUAAAUGAAUACAGCAAAGCCUCGCUGGAUACAAAUUUGGCCAAAACACCGAAUUUAUUUACCAUAGAGUUCCAGGAAUUGCUUAGAAUAUUCUGAGAAACUUACCGCUUCAAUUCAUGACAAUUUUUUCCCUUCACUUGCAUUCAUAUUCUUCGCUUGCGAAAAUGUGGAUUUCUACACAAAACAGGAUUUCUCUGCCUCUAGUUGUCCACAGGCCUCUUUAUCGACAGCCAAGUGUUCUAGAGGAUACAGUAUUUACUUCUCCCUUUGGAAAGUAAUUCUGAAUUGAUUGGCUGCAACCAAAAGGGCCUUUAUUCAACGGCCAUGAAAUUGAGGCAAAAAAAGGUGAUAUAUCAACAUAUUUCUAUCCGAAAAUUUCAGAUGAGGGUGGCUUUGGGCACAGGUAACCCAGGCUGGUCACGUUCCUGACCUAAAUUAGUCUGCUGGGAAGCCUGGUGGCUUCACAGCAAUGAGCAAGAAGUGGUCCCGGCAAGCAAAAUGUGAGAGCUGCUGGCUGCUUGUGCAAAGGACAAGUUAGAAUUCAAGCUUUCUUCAAGCCCUAAAUUCAUUAAUGUUUGAAGUUUUUGAACAUGUAGAUGUGAACGUUAUUUUGAACAAUUUCAUAGAGAUUCUUGAAAAACUAUAAAUUCACGGUGAAACCCGUUUCUUGAUCCCUUAUUUUCUUGAAGGCCCUGAUAAUUCGAACCAAAAUUUGCCCUCCUUCCACAGCUUAAAACAGAAAUUUUACCUCUCAUUUUUCAUACUUCUACCCUGUGAGCAGAAACUUCCUUUUCAUGAUAUUUUCUGGAUUGCAAAAAAAGUAUCUUCUUCCAACAACUAUUCCAUUUUCCAUCAUUCAAGUGCAAGUUUCAUAAUCUGAUUCAUGAGCAUAAAUAAAUGGCAACUAUGUUUGCUUCUAGCACUAAUUCCUCAAUCUAGUUUUCAUCAUUUACAACUGUCAAAGCAGGCAGGGUUUCAGCUGUUUGAAACACAAAUUACUGGAUGGGAAUUAUCACAAAAAGGUUCUUAUUCCACUAUGGGUGGCAAAUAACUUGAUAUAGAGCCAUAACCUUUUUUUUGGCAUAAUUCCCUGAUCAAUAUUUUUUGGGCACAUGAGUUUUGGAGGAAGUUUUUUUUCAAUGCCAGCAAAAUUGAAUGGAGCAAUACUGCCAUUUUAUAGCAUACUUUUUGCCUACUAUUUUUUUAUCUUUGCAUGCCAUUGACAUUUUUUUUCCCACACCUGAUGAUAUUACCCAUUUACAUGUAAAUAGCCCCUCUUUAGCAAUACUUUUGCUUUUUUUAAGUUUUCACAUAAUAAAAGUUGAUUUAUUUUCUAGAUUUCACUAAUGGAACUAACUUGUUAUCUUGAUUACAGCUCUUCUUAAAAUUAAACUUCAAGGACUAGCCAGCAACUCUCCUGCAAGCACCUCCACCCCAGACUCAUCUCCAAAGAGGAAGAGAACACGGCUAGUAAACAGCUCUUCACAGCCUUCCUCACCACACCCUCCGUCAUCAGCCAAGAGAAGACGGUAG